AUGUCAAAAAGCCCUGAUUACUACAAGAUCCUUGGCGUCUCGCAAGAUGCCACGCAGCAACAAAUCCGUACUGCAUAUAAAAGAGAAUCGCUGAAAUGCCACCCUGAUCGAGUCCCUGCGGAUUCGCCUGAACGACCCGCUCGGACGCGUAAGUUCCAGGAGAUCAACGAUGCCUACUAUACGCUGUCGGAUCCGGGGCGGCGACGGGAAUAUGAUGCUACCCGCGCAUAUGAGGCCGAGGACAUCGACGAGGAAGUGCCCCAGGGCGGCGCCGGUGGAUUCCCAUGGUCUAGCUUUGGCUUUGGGAAUCGCGAAGAUCGUGAGGAGCGUGACUCUAAUCAGUUUGGCUCAGUGUUUGAAGAGAUGUUGCGCGAAGAGGGGCUUGCCGAAGACGGAGAGAAUGGUCAAAGGUCGCGCCCUACCUCACGGUUUUGGGCCGUGGUUGGUGGUGUGAGUGGCGGUGCGCUCGGUUUCAUCGUGGGCAAUUUUGCUGGUGGCCUUGCUGGUGCUGUCGCAGGUAAUCGUCUAGGCGCAGUCCGCGACGCCAAGGGCAAAAGUGUCUAUGAGGUUUUCCUGGACCUUCCACAGCCAAACCGCACCCAACUCUUGAGUGAACUUGCUGCGAAGGUGUUCCAGUCCGCUAUGGGACACUGA